AGUGAUGCGUUCGGUUGUGCAGCAGAGAACAGGCUGCUCAGGCACCAGGGGCUCAGUCUUUCCGGUGUCGCACAGGAGCAACUCUGCUCACUUACUUGAAAGUCUGGAGCAGCUGAUGAUAAUUUUUUGGUAACUCGUAUCUAUGCAUAUGUAUCUGCAUUAACGCCCGGAGUACAGAAUUUUGGAAAGACGUGCGGCGCAGGAGUAAAAGGAUUUAAUUUCCAAAACGGCUAACUGCUAAACAGGUAGCUGCGGCCGCAGUCAGGUAUGUCUGAAGUUAGUCCUGAGGCUGAAUUGGGGUCGACCUCAGCCGAGGACCUUCAGGUGGAUUGUCAGGAGGAUGACAAAUCAGACGAGGGUUUGAGUGAAGACAUAAAACCCAAGGAUGUAGACAACUGUAGGGCAAAAGAUGAAGCAGGUGAUGUGAUGUAUGACAUUGAUAUUGACGGUGCCAGGGAGGAUAACGCAGAAAGUGGUGAUAAAGAUGAACAAAUGGAGAAAGAUGGCGUUUGUAGGCAAAGUGUGGUGACAUACAAUGAUGGAAAUGUUGAGUCCAGCAGUGGCGCUACACAGGUUCCUCGAAGUUUAGACAACGGAGCAGUUCACUCUGUGGAUACAGCCAAAACACCGCAGGAUAAUGGAGAUGUUCACGCGCAAACAAAGGAAAGCACAAUGACUGAGGAGUCCCAUAAAAGCUCAGCCGCUGAGAUUCCAGUCACCAUCAAUGGAGACCUGGAUCAGAACCCUGACACUAUAUUCCAGCGGGACUAUUUCCCCAGUGGCCCCGGGGCCCUGAAUCUUUCAGAGUCUGGUAUUACCAGUAGAAACUUUGCUUCAACAACAGAAGGCAUCAUUGAAUCAGGACCACACAGAGGGUCAGCAAGCCUGCCCACGUCUCCCGUGACACCUGUAGCUCCCAGCUCGGCUGUUGCUAGCCGCCUGGCUCGCUCUUCGAGCCUCGAUAGUCAGAGUGAUAAAGGUGCUAUGAAAGCACAGCCGGAGAGUGGUGCGGUGGUCCUUGCAGGUGACUUAAAGAGUCCAGCCAUGGAAAAACUGGACCUAGUGAGAAAAUGGAGCAUCAAUACAUAUAAAUGUACCAGGCAGAUUCUGUCAGAGAAGCUGGGUCGAGGCUCGAGGACCGUGGACCUGGAACUGGAGGCUCAAAUCGAAGUUCUCCGGGACAACAAGCGAAAGUACCAAAAUGUCAUCAGGCUAGCGCAGACACUGGCCAGUCAGCUGUCCCAGAUAAUGCAGACACAAAGGCAGCUUGGCGAUGCUUUUGCAGACCUUAGCCUCAAAUCACCAGAACUCCAUGAGGAGUUUGGUUUCAAUGCUGACACUCAAAAGCUUUUAUCCAAAAAUGGAGAGGCACUCCUCAGCGCCAUCACCUUCUUCAUCUCCAGUGUGAACACACUUGUGGACAAAACCAUUGAAGAUACGAUGAUCAACAUCAAACAGUAUGAAGCUGCCAGGGUGGAGUAUGAUGCCUACCGCACAGAUUUAGAAGAGUUAAAUCUGGGGCCACGUGACACCGCCACCAUGCCCAAGAUAGAGCAGUCGCAACAGCAGUUCCAGAUUCAUCGUGAGAAGUACGAGAGGAUGCGCAGUGACGUCUCCAUCAAGUUGAAGUUCCUGGAAGAGAACAAGGUGAAGGUACUGCACAACCAGCUCAUCCUGUUCCACAAUGCCAUAGCCGCCUACUACGCAGGCAACCAACAGCAGCUGGAACAAACACUCAAGCAGUUUUGCAUUAAGUCGGGUGGGGAGUCUCCAUCUUGGCUUGAAGAGCACUAAUCACUCCCUUCUUGGCCUUAGUGGCUCAGUUUGGGGCUUUGACGGAAAAUAUCAUAUUCUGCAAAACUACAUGUAGAACACCCCCCUUACACUCUACUUAUGAUUACGGCAUUAUCUUGAUACUGUAUAUAAUCAUCUCUUUCAGAUUUCUUUCAAAUGGUAGGAAAUGCACUUUUUUAUGCUGUUUGACAAAUCUGUUGAACACGUUGCUGCAGUAAUCAGAUGUGUAAAUUGUAAAUGGGCUUUUUAUUCCAGCGUAUGAAUGUUGCAUCCAGCAGGGCGGACAAGUCUCUGGAUCGAUGAGGGCGGCUGAGAGUUAAAACUGACUGUCAUUUCUCAUUCUUUUACUUUAUCAACUUUUACUGAGCUUGAGACAAAAUUCUUUAUUAAAGUCUGAGCUCCCAGGCUUCAGAAAUUAAUCAUAAAUACAAAUUUCUGCUUAUUUGAACAAAUCACAAUAAGGCCAUCUGGUCACCUUUAGAUUGAUUACUUUUUUAAAUGUCAUUCGCUUGAAAGGUAGUUAAAAAAAAUACCACAUGCUGUGAUAAAUUAGUUUUGCAAUGAUGCUACUUUGACCCCAUCUUUUGAGCAUGCCCUGUACUGUGUGUAUUUGUGGUAUGUGACUGAAUGGGUGAAAGGGCUGAUCUUUAAUUCUGCAGACAGUGAAGGACCAGCCUUAUGUGACUUUUUAACGUGCCUUAAUGUGUGUGAUUUCUUGAUGUCUUUGUCCUUCAAUGCAAUCUGGUUUCGUCAUUGGAAAUGGCCACUACUGGUUUUUGGGACCACCUCAUGACGACUGAACAGACCAGACAUAGUACAGUUCCAAACAAGACCACACUCGGCACAACUCAGAAUUAAACCUCUAUUUUGUUUUUAACACUCCAGGCUUCAGGCGCAAAAUCUAUUUAAGGAUGUGUUUUUCUCCAAGAUAUUUAUCUGUAUUGCACAUGUGCACAUUUAUGCAUUUGAGGCUUAUUACAAAACAACUGUAAGAACUGUAUGAUAUAUAAACUGUAAACCAAAAUAUGAAUAACUUGAGAACUGUUUGUUUUUGUAAAUUUGAAAGACCAGCAUCUUUUGCCUGACUUGAUAAGUUUCACUUGGCUUUACAAAAAUAUAUAUAUUUUUUCAAAGAGGACAAAUACUGGUAUUGACAGCCAGCUGUCACAUCCCUGUUUUGAUUUGUACUUUUCUUAUGGUUCACUAAAGUGGUUUCACAGUGUCUAUCUUGUACAACAAUCUGUUGUGUCCUUGAAAUAAAUGGAUAUAUAUUUGUAAUUUUGUUAUUUUACCAUGGUUAUGUAUGACCAAUGCAGCCGUUUGGCUUUGUUUUUCCAGAAGACCUACAAAACAAUACACUAGUAUGAUUGCAUACUAGUAGAUCUAGACAUUUUGUAUUAAUGACACUUUAAUAAAUGUUGACUGUGGAAGUUGUGUAAUGUCUUUCGGGGAAAAUAAAGGUUUCUUUAAGUGUU